CUGGCCAGCUCCUUUGAUUUCUUCACGCAAUUUAAAUUAAUGGAGCCAUUCGUGCGUGCCAUCAUCCGUUAUUCGUGCUAUUUUUGUCACCUUCGUGCUUGUCUUCCGCCAGUUUCAUGGCGACCAAUUAAGCCAACAAGCUGCGGAGGAAACUGUUGGAUCCGUUUCUUCCUACAAAGCCGCAUCACCUCGAGCUCGCCACGAGCCAAGGACCCAGAAACCAUUCCCCUCCAUGCCAUUCGCCAGAUCAUCCUCACCUGCGGCAACGACGCCGUCGCCGUCGGUCGAGCGUGCGCACGUUAACGAGAGCUAGCACCACCACGCUGUGACGCCGGUUUGUGUCUGGCCGGAAGGCAAUGGGGUGCGCCACCUCCAUAGAGGCGCGUCGCGAAAUGCGCUGGGUGGAACCGGCAGCGGUGGCCGGCCCGCGCCCCAGCCGAAGCUUCUCGCUGCCGUCCGUCGACCGGCAACGGCUGCGGUCCAAGGCCGCGUCGGUGCUGGGCAACCUCGGCCUCGCCCAAGGCCGGCGCUCCGGCGCGACGUCGUGCAAGUACGCCAGCCUGACGGUCGACGAGAUCAUGAUGAAGUUCGAGAGUGACUGCGCCGCCGGCGCGGGGGAUAUGAUUGUGAUCGGCCCUGUCAAGGAGAUGGAGGCGCCAAUGCGGCAGAGAGUCGUCAGGCCCAGCACGCCCACGCGGACGCCGCCCAACGAGCCGGAGGUGAUCAACGCGUGGGAGCUCAUGGCCGGGCUCGACGACUUCGAGGCGCCGACGCCGCGUGCAGCGAAUCAUCAUCAGCCGCCUGCGCCGACGACGCCGCCGUGGAUGCAGGCCGACGCGGACGUGCCCAUGGCCUUCGAGUUUGACCCAGAGAUACUGUCCGGCUUCCGGGAGGCUCUUGCGGAGGACACGUCCCGGUCCCAGCCGGUCACGGCUAGCUCGCCCACGGGCAAUGAGGAACCGGCAUCGCGGAAGGUCGCCCACGACGCCAGUGCGUGCACGCCGGUUUCGCCGGCCACCAGGGACAUGCCGGAGCUCUCGGGCAUCGUCCGCGCCCGCAUCAACGCGUUCCAGGAAAAGAUCAUCGAGCGGAGGGCGAGCAACGGCGGCCGCGACGCGAAGGUCGCGGCAGCGGCGCUGGGGCCGCCGGGAGGGAAGCGGAGGGCGGUGGUGUACUUCACCAGCCUCCGCGGCGUGCGCAAGACAUUCGUGGAAUGCUGCUCCGUGCGCAGCAUCCUGCGUAGCUACGGCGUGCGCAUCGACGAGCGCGACGUGUCUCUUCACGCCGCCUUCAAGGUCGAGCUCGCGCAGCUCCUGAAGCCGACGACGGGCAGCGCGCUCCCGCGCGUGUUCGUCGACGGGCGGUACCUCGGCGGGGCCGAGGACGUGCAGGUGCUGCACGAGGCAGGCGAGCUGGCGCGCGCGCUGGAGGGAUGCGACGCCGCGCCGGUGCGCAAGCUCGGGUGCAUGGAGGCGUGCGCGGCCUGCGGCGACGUCCGGUUCGUCCCCUGUGAGACGUGCUACGGCAGCUGCAAGAUCUUCGUCGAGGACGAGGAUGAGGACGAAGGCGGCGAGUUCCGGCGGUGCCCAGACUGCAACGAGAACGGCCUCAUCGGAUGCCCCGUCUGCAGUUGCUGAUGUUUUCUUUGUUACAGUGUACCGUAGAUUAAAACUCUCCUAUGUUUUUAGCUGGUUUGUACUUUGUACAGUGUGAAGAGCAUUUACAGAAGAAUUUUAUGCGGCCAGAGGUUUGCUUAGGCUCCUAAUAAUAAUUGUCUCUCCUUUUAUGCGUC